CGAUCAUGGAAACUGGACUUUUGUCGUGAGACUGAGAAACUGUAUUUCAUAGUAACUCAAAAUGGAAGACGGUGACAAUAAAGCGAACGCUGGGCUGGUUAAAGAGAAAAAGUCGUACGCCGGCAUACCGGAGGCCGAUUUUGUAGAUGAUGUCGAUGCGUUUAUGGCCAAACCCGAAAAUGAAUAUGCAGACAAAGUUAUACAAAUGCUGGAUGAAAACCAUGGCAAAUACAAAUUCAUGGAAUAUAACUUGGUUAAUAAAAGGAGACGGCUGAAAGCACAGAUUCCAGAUUUGGAGAGAUCAUUGGAAAUGAUUAAAAAGUUACAAUCAGAGAAGGACAACAGUAAAGAUUUAGAAACUCAAUUUCUUUUGUCUGAACAAGUGUAUGCAAAAGCUGUUAUUUCACCUACCGACAAAGUAUGCUUAUGGUUAGGAGCAAAUGUUAUGCUGGAAUAUACUUUAGACGAUGCACAAGAAAUGUUAACAAAAAAUAUUGAAGCGGCAAAAAGAAAUUUAGGUUAUAUCGAACACGAUUUAGACUUUGUUAGAGACCAAUUUACGACGAUAGAAGUAAAUAUGGCGCGCAUUUAUAAUUGGGAGGUUAAACGCAGGCAAGCUGCUAAACCAACAUAAAAACUGUUCUUAUUAUGAAUUCAAUUGCACGCAACGAUUGCCUAAGAUACUAACUGGUUACUCACAAUGUCAAGAAAAAACGCCUGUGAAUGAAAAAUGCUGUCGAAAAAUGUCAACGGAAUAAAGGACUCAUGUUUAGGUUGUAAGCUAGAUAACCAAUAUUUAUGUAUAUUGCCACAAAUACAUCUGAAAUCUAACUUAACAUGUUGUUUCAUAUACCUACCAGAGUCAAACAAAUUUUAUUCAUGAACUAAUACAAAUUUAUAAUUCAUUUGUGAACCACCUCCUACGCGCGGUAUCCUGUUUCGUACAAUAACGUAAAAAAUACGUCGAUGGAUUUUAAUUAACGAAUGAAACUUGAGCAAAAAUUAGAAUAUAAAUGCGUCUAAAUUUUUUAUUUAAUAUUCAUGAAUAAAAUUUGUCCAACUCUGGUACUUACAAUAAGAUCUCUUAUCAUAUCUAUUAUAUUAA